AAUUGCGUACGUUUUACAAAACAUUUUGUACCCAUUUUUCACCUGAUGACACACCAUCCCGCUCGUUUCAGUAUAAGAAAUGAUAAAUAAUGGUUUAGAAAGGAGACGCAAUAUCGCACUUACAGUUGUUAUCCUCUUCUUCCUCUACACACCUACUUCCUCCUUCCCCCAGACCCUUAAUAUAGGACUCCUAACAUACACAGAACUAAAAGACGAAAUAGAAGCGUUCAGAUAUGCUAUAGAUGUUAUCAACGAGAAUAUCACCCUGCUCUCCCAGACUAAACUUACGCCCAUUAUCGUGGACAUGGGCUCCAUAGAGGACUCACCUAGUAACAUCAUCAGAAAUGUGCUGGACCUGGUUAACAAAGAAGUUUCAGCUGUAGUGGGCCCCUUCAGAUCCUCUCACGCUCAGAUAGCUUCAUACAUCAUGAGUGAACUGGAGAUACCCAUGAUAACUCCUACAUCAACAGAUCCGUUCCUUAGGAAUCCUCUGUGGUCGGACUUCCUGUUACACAUGCAGCCUUUGGACGAGCACCAGAGUUUGGCUCUACUUGACCUGGCUAAAGACAUGGGUUGGAACAGUGUGGCGCUGAUAAGCAGCAUGGACAGUUACGGUAUAAACGGAUUGUCGACAUUUCAAAAGUAUUCCAACGAGCGGAAGAUAAAGAUAGUGGCUAACGAGAUGAUUCCUCUUACUAAUGACAUUGAGAAUAUUGAUGUCAGUAACCAAAUGUUGAAUCUGAAGCGAAGUGAGGCGCGUAUCUUUAUAAUGAACGUGCACAGUGGGUACGCUAAGGUAGUUCUCCGUACGGCUGCAGCUAUAGGGUUAGUCGGGCCGGACUACGGGUGGGUGGUUACUGAUGGGACUAUAAAAGAUGCGGCGAACCUACUGAACGGGACUACAAACACGUUUGACGGCUUCACUCAGGGGAUGAUCGGGUUUAUGUCGAGCAUGUCAGCCAGCAGUAAACGUGACGAGUUUCUCGCUAACUGGCACACUGAUUCCACGGGAGUUGAAAGUAACGGAUCCUGGGCUAUAUCUAAGUGGGGUACGGAGACCAAAAGUUUGCAGCUUCAGAGUCGAGCCAGUCUGACGUACGACAGUGUGUGGGUGAUAGCACACGCUCUGGACCAUGUAAUCUACCAGAGUAACCUUAAAGUGCUCCCUCCUGAUGUGGAUUACUGGUCCACUCCUGUCAGGAGCUUCAAGAACGGGACUAUGAUUAAAAACAGCAUGCUGAAGCUGCAAAAGUUCGAGGGGCUAACGGGGGAGAUACAAUUUGAUCCUCAAGGUGGUCCUGUGAAGAAAAUGUACGAUCUGGUAAACUUCAGAAGCAAGGACGUUGUUAAGGUCGGAGGGUGGACGAAAGAAACUGGGCUCGUGAUGAUAGCAAACGAGACGAUAGUUUGGAACGGUCAGUCAGAGGAGAUCCCAACGAGCGCAGUGAGAAGUCUGAAAGGAACACGACUCAGACUUGGUAUCACUCAGGAGCCGCCGUUCAUCAUGAUCGAUAUGAACUGCACUGCGAAAGAUCCCAAGAACAAAGAUUGUUACUCAGGACUGUGCAUAGAAUUGGUGGAACUGCUGGCUUCUAUCUUGGAAUUUGAUUAUGAUUAUGUGUUGUCGGAGGACAACAAGUUUGGUUCCCCUGAAGCUAAUGGGACAUGGAACGGUCUGAUCAAGAUGCUGCUUGAAGGGAAAAUCGACGUUGGUGCAGUGAAUUUUGCGAUGAACAAAGCCAGAGAAAGUGCUAUUGACUUCACCAUGCCAUUCAUCAAUACUGGGCUUGUGAUGACGACCAAGAUAAAGGAAUCAAAAAGUGACCCUUUCUUCUGGACCAAACCUUUUGACAUCGAUUUGUGGUACGCUAUCCUCGCGUUUGCACUGCUCAUGGUUCUCCUGAUCUGGUUGUAUGAUCAUAUGUCCCCGUUCGGGUUCUACGGUCGGAGGAUGCACGCAGCUCUGCGGUGCUCCUGUAAGUCCUGUGAAGCGUUCAGAUGUAACAAGGAGCCGAGUGGGAGUGACGAGGAAGAUGAGUGUUUGUUUGAGACCAGACUUUGUGAUCCUAGCGAGAAUAACGAAGAAUUGAUGAAUGUGGGGAACUCUCUGUGGAUGAUAGCGGCCUGUUUGUUCAGCAUAGGACCAGUCGAGGGAGUACCACGUAACAUGUCAGGCAGAGUUAUUCUAGCAAUGUGGUGGUUCAUGAUCCUCAUCGUAACGGCUAUGUACACUGCCAAUUUGGCAGCCUUCUUGACAGUGACACGGAUGGAGAACGGUAUAAACUCAAUAGUUGACUUGAUUAGUCAGGACAAGGUGAAGUGGGGGACGGUUAACGGAACAAACGCCCAGAUCCUCCUACAAGCUGCUAAAGCCCCUGAUCUGGUCGAGGUCUACAAGAAGAUGCAAACAGUCAACUCGGUAGAAGAAGGAUUCGAGAAAGCCAGGAACGAGGAAUAUAUAUUUUUCUACGGUGGCGCGAUUGUAGCGUUCGAGGCGAACACUCAGCCUUGUAACCUGCAGAUUAUUGGCGAACGGCUCUUCUCUUUCGGGUACGCGUUUGGGUUCCCACCCCAGUCGCCCUACCUAGAAACAUUUAACUCUGCUCUGCUGAACCUGAGUGGCAGGAAUGAGCUAGACGCUUUGUGGAAAAAGUGGAGUAAGGGAGAUUGUGCUCAGAAAGGGAAGAAAUCCUCCUCGUCUUCCUUAAACCUGGCUAAUAUCUACGGGCUGUGUUACACUUUCUUUGUGGUUAUAGCAGUGUCUGGAGUCAUCCUCAUUGGGGAGAUAUUGUAUGAGAGUAUUAUGGAUGUCAAGAGAUUUAAAACGACGUUCUUGAACGCGCUAAAGUACAGACUGGUUUACAUAUGGAAGAGACCAGAAUACCAGAUACUAAAAGAUAACGACGGUGGUUCCAAGAGCCCAAAGUCAGAAGAGAGGGGGGAUAUUACAUCCUACCUGCCGUCUGCUGUGGAAUGUGACGCUAAACCUAAAUCUAUCAAAUCCGAGGACCUGUCUUUCCAGUUUCUACCCAUCAGUAUCGGACACGGCCAGAAACAGAGGCACCCCGACACAAAUGUACCAUCCAUACAAGAUCAGGAAAAACUCAUCCCGGUUCCAGGACACGAGUACAGACCCAACGGGUUCUCAGUCAGCCAGAAGUCCAGUAGUAUGGACCGUCAGCCGAGUCUUAAAGAAGCUCUGCUGAAGCAACAAGCUAUGCUGAACGACCCUCUUCUCAACACCAAGGAACCACACAUCUCGUACGUUUCCAACAAGCUCCACCCCUACCACUCCCUCCCCCUCACCUUCUCCUCUCCAGCUGACAGCGACAACUCAAAGACAGGCAGCAUGCCCAGAUCAGUGCACAAGUACCGGGGCAGGCACCCCAAACACUCCUCCAGAAGUCCAUCCGUUAAAAACGACCACCCCCAGCAUAGGUACGAGGACCUCUUUGACCGAACCCUAGAAAGGAUGACAUCUCACAGUCACACCAACGGGGACGGUGCGUCCGAGAGGAGCAGUAAGGCAAAGAGAACCGCUCCCCUCCUCAAGGGGGCUUCUCUCUCCACCAGGUCUCCCAGUCCCAUGUACAGCUCUCAGGAGAAUGUUAUGAGUGACACUGAUGAGCUGAGGACGGAGAGUGAUGUCUCUCCCCCGCCUUGAGCAUGGGGGUAAACCCCGCUCAGGUAGGGGUGUGUCUCCCCUCCUUACGGGGCACGGUUACUGCUAUAAGCAUGGACUGCAUCUUAUCUAUUCAGAUAUUACAUACUGCUGGUCGAUAUUGUCUCACCUAUUAAUUUACCCUAGCUCUCUUCUGUACCCCUAAUUUGGUUCCGAACACUAAACUUUCACCGUGGCUUUGACUCACGACCGUGGUCACAAACUACCUUGCUAAACGGAUAUGGAUUGAUUUUUGAACUGAAUUUGUCAUUGUAUGAUUGGACGCAUAGUAUUUGAUGUAGCGUACGUGCACCAUCACUUUAACAAUCUGGAAUGGUUAUCAAAGACUGAUUUCAAGUGGAAUUUUCCGACAUGAGUUUCGUAACAGACGAAUCUAUUGGUUCAAUAUUAGGUUAAUUGUCUUUCACAGCUUAUAAGUAAGAGGUGCAGGUUUUGAGUUUUAUUGCAAAAAAUCAAACUACAGACUUUUUAACUAUAUGCGGUGCACAUUGUACUUGAUAUCCAAAAACUUACCGAAUUUUAUGUUUUUAUGAUAAAAUCAUAGUUUUUAAUCAACA